AUGACACCCGCACGCUCCACUUCUCCCUCUCCCUCUACACCUGGGCCUUUGCUAUCCAAGCCUCCCAGCCUCCGAAUCCGGACUAUUCGUUUCGGGCUCUUUGACAUACAAACAUGGUUUGAUGCGCCCUUCCCCGAGGAGUAUGCCAAUAUACCCGAGGGCCGGCUCUGGAUCUGCGAAUUUUGUUUGAAGUACAUGAAGAGCCGUUUCGGGGCAGCUCGGCAUCGAAUGAAGUGUAAAUCUCGACAUCCCCCAGGGGACGAAAUCUAUCGCGACGGGACUGUAUCCAUAUUCGAAGUGGAUGGUCGGCGAAAUAAAAUUUAUUGUCAAAAUCUUUGUCUGCUCUCUAAAAUGUUUCUUGACCAUAAAUCUCUUUUCUAUGACGUCGAACCUUUCCUUUUCUACGUGAUGACUGAGGUGGACGAAUUUGGGUGUCACUUCAUCGGAUAUUUCAGCAAGGAGAAACGGUGCCCGAAGAACUACAAUCUGAGCUGCAUAAUGACGUUACCCGUACGGCAGAGGCAAGGGUGGGGAAACUUGCUCAUCGAUUUCAGCUACCUCUUGUCCAAGAAGGAGCGUCGAUGCGGAACGCCAGAGAAGCCACUGUCGGGGCUAGGGGCGUUAGGAUAUAAAAAUUACUGGAAGUUGGCUGUUUUCCGUUACCUUGACUCAGCGCCAGAUAGAGUCCGUUUGGAGGGUAUGCUCUAUGCACGAGAGUCGCGUAUUCACUCAGCUUAUUCAAAUUAA